CCCCUUCCCCGCGGUCGGUCCCUAGGCGCGUGACGGGCCGCGGCCCAGGCCGAGGAGGAGGCGGAGCCAGAGCUCUGACUGCGGCCGGCUGCGGGGCGGACGAAUCCCCGGACGGGGGAGGUCCCCGAGCGGCCCCUCGGGGAGAGGACCUGGGAAGAAGGUCAAGAAAUUGCCCGAGGAUAGAGGGGGGGAAACUGAGGCGCUUUGGGUAGCCCGCCGCCCCCGGCCACGUGAUCGCGCGGGGCGGAAGGAGGGAAGUGAGGCCGGGGCGUCGCCGAGAACAGGGCUGUCGUAAGAAAGUGCUGCAAUCUCGGGGGCUUAAACAACAGAAAUGUACCAUCUCAUGGUUCUGGAGGCAAGAAGUCUGAGAUGAAAGUGUCCACAGUGUUGGUUCCUUCCGAGGCUGUGAGGGAGAAGCUGUCCAGGCCCCACUCUUGCAGCUCCGGCUGGUUUGGUUUGGUGUCCUUGGCUUCUGUACAUAUCACCACGAUAUUCAGAUGAUGCACUUUUUGUCAGAAAUACUCCAGAAGUGACAUGCCUUCACAGUGCAUCAUGUCAGGAGGCCCAUGAAGGUUUCUCCACUGUGCAGUGGACCAUUUCUCUUUUGUAGUUAGUUAUUGGGGCCGUCUCAUUUCUGGUGACAAAACCAGCUCUGCUCCCUGGCCACAGCAACCAAGGAUCCCUGCAUUUAGGGGGAUGGGAGGUAGCUGAACCUUGGCCAAUUGCUCCUGAGCUACAGAAGCCAAACCUGUUCUUAGCACACUGUCCUGAAGUGUCCACUGGACUUUACCUGCAGCACUGCCUUGACCUCUUCAUCAGAGGAUAAUAAAACUGAUUGCGCAAGAUCCUAGGAAUAUUCAAAAAUCCAUCUCAACUGUUUGCUUGCAAGAGCCAAUGAUGCUGCCCAAACCUGGGAUCUAUUACUUCCCCUGGGAGGUCAGUGCUGGCCAAGUUCCUGAUGGGGCCACACUGAGAACAUUCGGCAGGUUGUGCGUCUAUGACAUGACCCAGUCCAGAGUGACCCUGACGGCUCUGCACAGAUCUGACCAGCACCAGGUUCUUGUCUGUACCAAGUUGGUGGAGCCGUUCCAAGCCCAGGUGGGCUCCCUGUAUGUUGUCCUUGGGGAGCUCGAGCAGCAGAAGGAUGGAGGUGCCGUGGUGAAGGCCCGGGUGCUGACCUGUGUGGAAGGCAUGAAUCUCCCUUUGCUGGAACAAGCUGUCCAGGCACAGAGGAUGUACCAGCAAGAGAGAGACAACAGCCAGUAGAAAGUGGCAGCCCCUAGCAACCCCACCCCCCCACUGCCACAACCUGCUCCUGAGGCCGGACCCACUGUUUGAUGUCACCUUGACAAAUCAGAUGUGUAGGCACUUCCUGUGUGACAACUUUUGUCUGGAGCCAGAGAGUAGAAGGGUGGGGUGGUCAAUCCCUAAUUUGGAAUUGUCCCAGAAAUGAGGGCCCAGAAAGGAGGCACCUGAAGGAAAUGGUUAAUGGACUUCUGUGGUCAGCACCCAAGGACGUGUUCACUUGGCAAACUCGCAAACGAGUUAACCAAGAAAUGUCAAGGAUUGCAAACAAUCCUUGAGAACGCUUGAAGUCGUGAGAACACUUUCUUGGGAUGUUCCCAGGAGGUGCAUUAUAAAUAACCAAGUGCUUGAGAAGGGAGGUAACAGCCUUCUGCUCUUGAGAAAAGUAUAACAGAAUUUAUGCAUUAAUGCUUAUCUUGCAUCCACAAGCUUGCUAAAUUGUAAUAAAAGCUGUAACAGCGGCUGGGUCGGUGCUACUUGCCUGAGAGAGCAGCAGCCCCUCGCUCUUCACCUGCA